AUUUUUAUUUUCAGUGCGAGCUUGUGUCUAAGUUAGACACCUAAUCGCGUUUUUUCAUCAGAAAAACAGCAGAGAAUUUUGCUGUUAGCUGAAUGCAGAGAGCAUGGAUUUUUCAGUUUUCUUGAUUUUCCUGCUCUCCAUUUAUGGAACUCGUCUGGUUUAUUCAGACGAAAAAUCGGGUGAGUUUUGACAUUGUAUAUAAUAUGUAUAUACUAUCAACCUUUUUUCCAGUUUUCUAAAUUUAAUUUGGUAAAUUUUCUUGUAAGUCUGACUGACAGGUAUCCGCGUCUUGGCAUUGACUUCAGUUAUUUCAGAUAUUCGCCUGGGGUAAACUAAGAUACGGACUUAAAUUUCACACUUGUAUCUUAAUAUAAUUCUCUGUAACCAUUUUUAUCUAUCAUAUAUUCGUGUUUAUUACCAUAGACACAGGGGGUGGAAGCGAUUAAACCGUGACAUUGUUACAUCGUCUUUGUCUUGGCGCGAUUCAAAUUACCAUGUCAAAGAAGACUUCGUGAUUUUUUAUCGCAAAUUUUGCAUAUACUUAAACGCCUCGUUGGUCGUAUAAUAAAUAUUUUUGCCAUAUUUUUGAGUUCUUUGACUUCACCUUGACUUGGAAAUUUCAAAGAGUUAAAUCUUUAACCUGCAGGUUUCUAUAUGGUCGUAACGGUCGUAAAGAUUGAGUCACGAUCUUUCUCAUCAGCCGAGAUACAACAUUUUGGAACUGAAAAUACGCGGUGUGAUUAUAACUAUAGGGAAUAAGUAUCUAGUAUUCCAAAGGUCGUAGGUUCGAUUCCCACCGUGGCCGGACAUAUUUUUCAAGCUUGCCCGGUGUGGAUAUACACUCAGAGUAACAUCACAAACAUCAUAUUCCCCUGAGUACAUUACACCAACACAGAAAAAAAUCAUGAUUACUAGACUGCAUUGAUGUCGAAGGAACUAGACUCAGUUCCGAAAUAUCACAUAUUCGAACCGACCUGAUCGCGUAGCUCAGUUGGCAGAGCAUUGGGCUAGCAUUCCAAAGGUCGUAGGUUCGAUUCCCACCGUGGCCGGGCAUAUUUUUCAAGCUUGCCCGGUGUGGAUAUACACUCAGAGUAACAUCACAAACAUCAUAUUCACCUAAGUACAUAACACCAACACAGAAAAAAAAAACUAAAGAAUACUUAUGAUUUAUUGUGGUUUACAGGUAUAAACUGGCCGUUGAGAAAGAUCGUGUUUCACCGCCAGCUUUCGUCGACUCUCAUCAACUUUGAACUGCUUCAAAUUUUAACGCGAGUUGAUGAGAGUUUUCGCUUCACGCGAGCGGUAGUAUCCAGUCAAAUCGUAUCAACUCUCAUGCAACUCUUGUUCUCGUAAUUUGUCCGGGCAAUGAGAGUUGAGAAAGCUUCUGGUGCAAACUCUCGCUUGCCAACUCUCAUCUCAUUUCAUUAGGGCUUUGUUCUGUCAACGUUUUUGUUGACGGAAUAAUACACUUUUGUGGAGUUAAAAUCAACUUCUUGAAAUUGACAGUGUUAAAGUCUUUGAAUUUGCUCGAAUUUGCACGUCGGCAGACAGCAGUGGAAUUUGGGUGAGGGGAUAGGGAGAUAUAGCCCCCAAAACUUGUAGCGAGUGAGCUAAUGCCCCCCUCUUCCCCAAUAGAGAUCAAAGUGGGAGAAUUUAAUACGAGGAGUCAGAUUUUUCGCUGUUUGAGACGGAAAAUUAACAAAAUAAGAUCGUUUCUGCACGUCGAAUCUUUCCCCAGAACGCCGGAAGCCCGCAACCUCGUUCCCAGGCUAGAGCCUUGAAACUAACCGUAUACUAUUUUCUUCAAAGAAAAGUGCUUUAAUAAGGAUUUCAAGGGGCUGUUCAUAUGGGCCGAGAUGAAUAGUGUCGCGAUUCAUGAUACAAGUUUUUCCUGACCAUAAAAUAUCGUUUGAAUGAACUUUAUACUUUUAAUCAGCUAAUUCAGCUUAAACUUAAGCUUGACACUAUCAAAUUUUCUGUGAUCACAGUCGAAAUUUCGCAUGGGUAAAUUCUAAGUUUUGAAGGAUACGUAAGAAAUUUUUUAGGGAACCGAUUCAUUUUUUAAUAAACAUUGAGUCAGUUUCUCUCAAGCAUUUCUUACAAAUCCUUCAAAACUAAGAAUUUACCCAUGCAAAAUUUCUUCUGUGAUCACAGAAAAUUUGAUAGUGCAAACCAGCACAUUGACAAUAAAAAUCUAGUUUGUCUCAUUCAAAAGAACUCUUAAAAUUAUUAAACUCUAUAUUACCGAUUUGUUCUCGAAAUAUUUAGACCCAAAUUAGUGAGCUGUCCGCCAUCUUGGAAUAAUCCUUGACCUUAUUAACUAUGGUUUUGAUGACGUCAGGAGUUGGGUUAACCAUAUAAAACUACUCUAAAAUGACCGAGUAACAAUCCAAAAUUGUUUGAAAUGUUUUUAAUCAUUUCUAUAUUUCAGACAGCGAACAGAAACGAAGUUUUUGACCCAUAUUGAUCGCUUACUCUCAAGAUAACAGCUCACUUUUUUCAGUCGAAAUAUUUUGAAAACUUUAAAGCAAGAUAUAAACUAGCCUACGGUGUAGACCCCAGCAGAAACACGUUUCGUGAGGGAAACGUGUUUCUGCUGGGGUCUACACCGUAGGCUAGAUAUAAACAAUUUGUAAUAGAGUUUAAUAUAUAGUUUUACUGUCGUUCCAAUUGAAGUGUUGCUCAAAUAUUGAUUCAAUACAUUACCUCUGGCUGACCAAUUCAUUUGAUCAAGUUCCUCGAGAUAUUUAUACACUUCCUGAGCCAAUUCCAAGUAUUUGAUCAUUUCUGGUCACUUCCUUUCUAUUUAUGAUUGGUUAGUUGCACAAGCAACAAAGGUGAUUGGUGCAUUCAAACUAUUCAACCGGAAGUUUACAAUUAUACUAGGAAGUGUAUGAAUAUCUCGAGGAACUUGAUGAAAUGAAUUGGUUAGCCCGAGGUAAUGUAUUGAAUCAAUAUUUGAGCAACACUUCAAUUGGAACGACAGUAAGAGUUCUUUCAAAUGAACUGAACUAAUUUUGUAUUGCCAAUGUCCUUAAAUUAAAAGAGUGUUUUCUUGGACGUCAAAUUUUUGCAUGCAAAACCAAGGGAAGCCUGCUUUUUGAAAUGUCCAAUUUUUGGACUACACAUUAUUUUAAUACAUGUAUGUUUCUCAUUUCAAUAAUCAUUUUCUCAUGUUUCAUUUCGUAGAACUUAUUAAAAGACAAUUGGACAACCGUUUAGCGGUCCUGACCGCUUCUACCCAAUCGAAUCCUGUAUCUCAAAUCACUGCUGGGAACCUGACCGCGGGUAUCGCACCCGAUGCGGCUCAAAGUUUAUACGGCUACAGUUCAGGAUUGACCAAUCAGAAAGUCGAGUAUAAUCCGGGAUAUGCGAAUCAGAGCUACGAUCCGAUCGUACAGCUGAACCAGAAUGCGCCAUCGUUUGCCCAGUCUGACAGCUCUGGUACAUCGGUCGUUCAUGAUCACGGUAUUAGAAAUAUUUACUUAUUAUUAUUAUUUACCUCAUUAACGUGACAUGGUUUUGAUGACGUCAGGAUAGAGCUGUGCAAACUCUGGUUAUUUUGGCUCCGGGUCCGGCAGUCAAAACUCCGGCUCGUGCUCCGGCUCCGGCAAGGAAAUUUUAAUGAAAUUUCAUAUUUAAAAGUAGAAGCAGGCGAAAGUAUUUCAGUGUAAUUUCAGAAUUUAUUUUAUUCCUUAAUUUUUGAGCUUUCUCCUUUACUUAUCAAAUAUACGUGCUUCGGUGCUUGUUUAAACAAUGUUUUGUAGAAAGUAUAAAACCGCACGGCAGCGUGGUAUUUUCGCCCAAAAUACAUCGGGGUCAGGGGAUUUUUGUAUCAAAAGCGAUACUAGCAAUGCGCUUGCAGAAUUUUGGAAGCCACGAAUCGGAUCGGAGCAAGUAACUAAAAUUUAUAGUAACUUCAAAUCAUUCAACUUAAUUUUUCCAUUACCAAAAGUUCAUUGAAAUAUGAAAUAAUUUUUCACUGAUAAUUUUGUCUGCCGGAGUUUUUGCCGGAGUUUUCCAACUCCGGAUCCGACAAAAUAUGCCGGAGCUCCGGCUCCGGCGCACAACUCUACGUCAGGAAUUGGGUUAACCAUAUAAAACCACUCUAAAAUGACCGAGUAACAUUCCAAAAUUGGUUGAAAUGUUUUUAAUAAUUUCUAAAUUUCAGACAGCAACCAGAAACGACGCAACGACGCCAUUUCUUCUCCCGCCCGCACUAAACGCAGGCUAGCACCCAUAUUGAUUGCUUACUCUCAAGAUAAAAAAUUGGUGUGACCCCUCUCUUGACGUAACAUGCAUAUCCUCAAUAAUCCAAUAUGGCGAACAGCUCACUUUUUUCAGUCGAAAUACUUUGAAAACUAAGCAAGAUAUAAACAAUAUGUAAUAGAGUUUAAUAUACUGUUUUAAGAGUUCUUUCAAAUGAACUAAACUAAUUUUUUUAUUGCCAAUGUCCUUUAACAGUUUUGUUUGAUUUCAUUAUAGCAAUGCCGUCUGCCAAUACCGGUCAUAAUCACCAUUCAAAAAAUAAACAAAAAUCAAAUAAGGAUGAUGACGAUGACAUGAACGGCUACGACGACUCGGACGAUGAUGACGACGACAAAUAUGCUACGGCUCGUGACGAGAUCGGCCGAGGGGAAGACGAUACGGAACGAUUCGCCAGGCCUGAUGAAGUUAACCAAAUCUGCAGAUUCAUGACGCAGACACGUGAAGGCACCUCGGCGAAACCGUCUAAGAAGUCGUCUGGCGUUGUAAUAGGAGACUCGCAGAUGAAAAGCGACAGUGAUAUGUCUGUUAAUUUUGGUAAUUAUCUCAUUAAUUUAAUUAACGUGCUAAUUAACUGAAACGUGAAGACUGUUUUUAAGUUAUUCCACAGUUACAUUAACGCACAGAAUCGUUCAAAUUCGUUUAAAUGAAACUUAUGAAGUAAUAGCCCAAGAAAUGUACGUUUGAAGGGUCUUAAGAUGGAAUUUAUUGAGUGGAAAUUUAUAUACAUUUAUAUACAUUGUUCAGCGCUCUAAGCAACUGAGCUUAUAUUAGUCUGAGCUACAGAAGCCAGUUGUCGAGCUUCAACCACAAGUUCAUGUAUAAUAUAGGGUACUGCCAUGUUUAAGUUAUGGGUAAAUAUCGAGAAUUUCGCUGCUGUUAUAAUAAUAAUAAUGAUGACUUUAUUUACCCACCGUGCUAUUUCACAAUAAAGUUAAAAAUAUUUACAAAAUGAGAAGUGAUCUUCCAAUAGGCCGUGCACAUGCAUAUUUACAAAAAGCAUUACUUACUAAAUAUAGCAAAAAAUGAGAGUUAAAAGGUAUCACACUAAAUUAUUUGGUACUAAAUUUCUUUUAAAUGUUGUAUAUGAAUCCUGGUUGGGUUUAAUAAUUGGUACUAAAUUUCUUUUAAAUGUUGUAUAUGAAUCCUGGUUAGGUUUAAUAACUGGUACUAAAUUUCUUUUAAAUGUUGUAUAUGAAUCCUGGUUAGGUUUAAUAAAUGUAUGUAAAUUUCCACUGGAUAAUCUCCAUCUACAUGCAAGACCCUUCAACUAUUAUUGAAUCGAGUGAUCAGAGAUGGCAACAAAAUCUCGAUAUUUGAUAUGAAUAUACCCUUAUACCAAUAUGCUGCUUUAUACUAAGACUGAAAUCUCGUUCUUCUGUUGCUAGGCGACGACGACGAUGACGAUGAUGACGACGACGAGCCAGAAGGUAGUAUUGAUACUUUUCUCUCUCAAAAUGGAGUCAACUCUUCUCCCGAUAACAAAGAAUCCAAAAUGGUCGCUUGCCAAGGAGUCUUUCAACGUAAAGCCUUUAGUGACAGGUACAUCAAGUCUUUGAGAGGUCGACGAAGAAGGCGCCGUAGAAGACGGAGACGUAGCCGGAAACGUAGACGUAGACGACGACCAAAACGCAAACGAAGAAGACGCAGAAGACGACGACGAGGACGACGCGGACGGAAGAGACGUAGAAGACGGAGACGCGGAAGAGGACGUAGAAGGCGGAGGCGCAGAAAACCAGUUCACAUCCCUUUUGUACCAUUUGGUAGGUAUAAAACACGCGUGUAUUUCGCGUUGGCUUCGCGGGAGGGAGCUGAAGAAUUACUACGUUCUCCGAUCGAUGUUUUUCAAUUUUUGCCAAUAAAAUGUUCAUUUUUAGUUGUAAAUACCCGACUUAAAAGCUAAAAACUAAUUGAGAAGAUAAGAUUGAUGGAACUGCAGACCAUAUUAUUUCGUGUUUUGUUCAAAUCUUUCAUAGAUAGAAAAACAAAGGUUUGCUGGUGGUUCUCCCGGGUUUUUUACUGAACUUGUUUUUGCCACGCAUAACGUCGAAUCGACGUUAUGGGUGGAUGAGUAGGUUUUUACGUCAACUCCUCGACGUUAUCUCGUGGCAAUUUGACUAUUUGCAUCCGUCGUGAUCCGAACAGACCGAAUUUAAAUAUUUAAUGUUUGGCGUGCAACUUAUGCCAGUAUUAUAUUAUUUUCAACUAAUAGAGGUCAAAACAAAUGUCGAAGUAUUGAAGAGACAUUUUUUCGUGUCAAAUACCCAUCAAUUUGUGUUCGCGAAUCGCGACUUUUUUCUACGAAACGAAUAGUCUAGUAUGAAAAUAAUGAUAAAACAUACCCUAUAAAACUUCUCAUAUUUUAUAAUAAAGAUCCUACUGUACAUCCCAUAUUUUAUAAGAGGCACUUUUGCCAUUUUGAUUUUGAGCUCUUUUAGCGGUCAAAAUACGACAGGGUAACGAUCGACGUUAUCUGAGAUGAGUGGGUGGGUACUGGUGAUAACGUCGAUUCGGACGUGGCCCCUUCGCUUUUUAUGACAACGUGUUUCUAAAUUUGCUUAUUCUGAAAGACUGCAUUGGAAAGACCACUUGGAAUGAUUAUAUAACCUCUUUGGUAGAAUAUUGGUAGCUCUAUUCCUUCCGGAGAUAUUCAACUCUGCAAAUAUCAUCAGUUUCACAUCACACAGCAUAAUGAAAUUUUUGAAGAGCAUCAUUAAUUUUGAAAUUGGUUAAAAUAUUCCACACACAGAUACGGAAGCCUAAUGAUUAAAUGCAUACAUAAGCACAAUUUUAGAUAUUUGUUAUCGUUCCCCCUAUUGAUGAUAUUUGCAUAUCGAACGAAGUCGCAUGAAUAUCUCAAGAGGGAAGAGGUACAAGUAUUCUACCAAGUGAUCUUUGCAAUGCAAUCAAGAAAAGAUUAGGUGAAAUUUCGCGUCAUAAGCACUUUAUUCUUCAAUGCAAUGCAUUUAUAUACCCUGCUGUCCUUUCUGCCUCUAGGAAAGAGUUGUAGCGCGAGGAUUGAUUUGAUGUUUUUGGUGGAUGGCUCAGGAAGCAUCGAGUCGUAUGGCAGAGGAAACUUCAAACGUUGCUUGAACUUUGUCAAACAAGUUGCCAGCGCGUUUAGUAUUUCCAGAUCAAAAGGACGCAUCUCCGUAACAGUUUUCUCUUCAAGAACGAAAGUAAUCUUCCAUCUAAAUCGUUACAGUAAUGUCAAACAAAUCUAUGCAGCAGUUAAUAGAAUCAGGUGAGUGUAAUCUUUUUUCAGAAGCGUGUAACAGAAAAAUUAUAUAUUUGUUCCUCACUACCGUGAUUGGUCCAUCUGUCCCUUUGUUCUUGCUGUAGUACUUUUGGGCACUGGUCCGCAAACUAUGACUGAUUAUAAACAAUGGUGACUAUAAAGCCAAUGGCGGCCACGAAUCUACUGUGAGAUCAACUUUUAACGCGAUUAUAAAGCAAACAAUACAUCAAUAUUUAAAACAAACUUACCAUCAUUAACGUGGGCGUCUUUGCUCCCUUUUCGCAAUUCUUUCGUCGUCUUUUUCUCAAAAAGCUUUUGAAAUUUACAAAAUCUUGUAAAAACAUAGGCAGCCCACUAAACGACUGAAUUUAAAUUAAAACUGCAGUGAAAUUAUAAAAUUAACGUGAAUAAUCACAAAUUAGCGAAAUAUAUUGCUGUGUAGCUUAAUUAUAUUAAAUCGCCACCCGAUUGCGCUAUCGGCCAACUGAUGUAUAACUAAGUAUACCUUAUACCAUGGAUAAUAAAAUAAAUGGAUAGGAAACUAGCUGACGUGAUCUAAUGUUUUCAAUGGGCUGAUGGCGUGGUUGGAUGUUGAAACUUAGUUGCAAACCAAAUUCUAAAAACGGCAUGUUUGGCAAUAAUACAGCUAAACAUUUUAGUCAAAGAGCAAGUAAAUAUAACUACGCCAUUCUACGAUGAAAUUUCUAAGUAUUCCCAGUCAAUUUUAGCAAAUAUUUCAAGCACCAAACAGUGAAAAAUGCAUCCCAAAUUUCGUUAAAAUUGGGGACGCCAAUUUCGUAGCUACAAAUGUAAAAAAAUACAAAACAAAGACGAAAAACAUUUACCUUGAAUAGUUUGUCGUGGCUUAGGCGUGUUUCUAAAACAAUUAGACCAGUAUAUGCUUCAAUAUUACUCUUUUAAAGCGGAAAGUAUAGCGAAACAACAAAAAAUGCCGAGAACUUUGCAAUACGCGUGACGUCACAGAUUGCAACUAGGUUGUUUUUGCUUACGUCAGCUAGAGUCCUAUCCAUUUAUUUUAUUAUCCAUGCUUAUACUUACUUAUACCUUAGGUAUACUUUAUAACUAUACGUCAGUUGACCGAUAGUGCAAUCGGGUGGCGAUUUAAUAUAAGCUACACUUAGCAAUAUAUUUCGCUAAUUUGUGAUUAUUUUCGUUAAUUUUAUAAUUUCACUGCAGUUUUAAUUUAAAUUCUAUUGUUUAGUGGGCUGCCUAUGGUAAAAAUGAAAUAUAUUUCCAAGAAAUCAAGAAAUGUCUGCUAUUUCUCUGUCGUCGUGCAGUCGUUAUAAUUCAAAUUUUAAAUUGGACCAAUCAGUGUUCGCCAUUCAUGACAGUCCGCUACAUUUUGAGAUCAGUGAGGAUGACCAUCCACGCCCAGUAACCCACGCACAGUAACCCACGCCCGCGAUCACUGAUGAACUUUAGACUUCCCUAAUGCUUUCCUUUCCCCGGGGGUAAAUAGCCGGCGCUCCGCGCCGUUGGCUCAGGGAUAAUCUCUUCUCAUUAUAAAUAUUCAGGCUUCAAAAUUGGCUCAUUGGAUUCAAAAUGAUACUACAUAUCCAGCCCUAGUACUAAAAAGCGUUCCAGCAGCAUCGCCUGUUGCCUGUCGAGUACUGUUCUUCUCUAUUAGAUGCUGUAUUCUUCUCUAAAACUGGAAGAACUCUUUUGUCCUGUCUAGGUACCCAAGAAGAGGCACCAACACUGCACGUGGCCUAAAGACAAUCUACAGUCAAGUAUUACGUCGAGCACGUCGAGGUGUUUCUAGGGUACUCAUUGUCAUGACUGAUGGUAGAUCACGUACCAGAGUCAAUAGUUACUCCAGAAAAUUGCAGAGAUCUCGCGUUUCCGUAUACGCUGUUGGCAUUGGAAGGCGGUAUAAUAGAAAACAAUUGCAAGUUAUGGCAAGCUCUCCUAAGAGUAGAUAUGUUAUUACUGUUGGUUUCAAGCGAUUGGGAUCAAUCAUCAAUAGAAUUCAAUCAACAGCUUGUAAAAGUUAGUAUCAUUUCAUAUCAUAGGCGGCGCACCCCUCCCUUCCCCUCUCAAUAAUAUUUUCCUCUAACCGUUGGUGAAAGGUAUGCCUAAAACAGGCGUACCUUAUAGCCACAAAUCGUGGCUAUAAUUGUUAUAGUUGCCGCCAUUGUGAUCAAUUUCUUUCUCGGCACCAGACAAUCGCAACUUGCAAAACGCUUUUGUAAACGUAAAGUAAAGUAAGUUUUAUGGCAUUCAAGUGUAUGGGAUGACAAAAAUUCCCUCAAGAUGUUAGAAAAUUUUCUGCAAAAAAGUUUGCUAAAACAUUUCCUUGGCAGCAGUGCUGUUGAAACUUUCCUCCCGCUGCCAGAAAUUUUAAGUGGAAUUAGUUUGGUGACUGUUUUUUGCUAAUUUUGUUAUUCCUUGUCUAUAUUUCAGAGGCUGGUGGUGCCAUUCGGAAGAAGAAACCAAGUUAGUACAAACAUAUUUGACGUGAAAUUAAAUGGUUUGGUUGUCAAUUCAUACAGGCCCGUUUGCACUUGCGAUUUUCGUAGCAAUUUCUAUAUAGUGCGAUUUUCUUCAUCUGAUGCAUGAGUUAUGAUUAUUCUGUACCCAAAUUUGGCAUAACAUCCCCGAUUACUUAUAGAAAGAUAUCGAAAGUAUACAGUCAAGAGCUGUCAGAAUCAUCUAUCUAUCAUUAGUAUUAGGAUUUAUGUUCUGCAUUCCUUAGGAAUAAGACGCUGUCUAGUCCACUAUCUAAACUUGUCAAAACCAUGAAAAGUCCUAGCCACAAUUCACGUGUUCCCAAAGAACCUGUUCCGUUUAAAUGUAGAACUAAUCGUUUUAGGGACCCUUUAUUCCAUCGUUCCGCGAAGUUUUACAAUGAAUCUAAAUAACUGAAAUUUACUAUGCAUUUUUUAUCUUUAAUUUUAUAAUUCAAUAGGAUCUAGGUUGCUAAAUAUUUGUAUAUGAUCAAUGUGAGUUAAUGGCAGAGUGUAAAUGAAAGAUCAGGGCUGCAAAUAAAUAUUUGACCUGACAGGACAUUUGUCCGAUCACUUUUAAUUUUGGUCGGACAUAACUUGAAUUUGGUCUGACAAAAACCAACACUACUAAAUCUGGUCGGACAUAUACAGUAUACGUCACAAGAAAUAUAUACGUCACGAGACAAGUAUGUAUAGCCAUUCCGGCGCAACGUUAAGUAAAGUGCUAGAAUGUCUCGUAAAUUUUAUUGCAAAAUGCAAAUUGAGUGAAUUUGCAAUCGGAUUUUGUCACAGCAAAAAAAUGUAUAAUGUGACAAUUGUCAAAAUUACUUUUGCUCGGACAUUUGCCAAAUUUAGUCGGACAUUGUCCGAUGUCCGACAGUAAUUUGCAGCCCUGAAGAUGUAUUUCAAGGUUGCAAAGUCUAAAUUUUUUAAAUAUAUCAAUCAUAAUGAGGGUUACACAUAGCAAUAUGACCUAUUUCAUUGUUUAAUUUACUUGUUUCAUUUUUAGGUCGACGGAUAAGACGGAAACGCAAAAGACGGAGACGUAGACGUAAACGACGCCCAAAGCGCAGACGAAGAAGACGCAGAAAACGACGACGACGAGGACGACGCGGACGGAAGAGACGUAGAAGACGGAGACGCGGAAGAGGACGUAGAAGACGGAGGCGUAGAAGACGUAGGCGCAGAAGACCAGUCCACAUCCCUUUUGUACCAUUUGGUAGGUAGAAAACACGCGUGGGCUUCGCGGGAGCUGAAAAAUUACUACGUUUACCGAUCGAUGUUUUUUCAAUUUUUGCACAUAAAUGUUCAUUUUCAGUUGUAAAUACCCGACUUAAAAGCUAAACACUAAUUGAAAAGCAACUGCUCCUGCAUGUUCAGUAAAUGUAUAGAAAUUCCUCUCGAAAUCGCCAUCUACAAAUUCUUUCAACAUUCCAUACUGUUCUAUUUAUAUAUUUUGCUGUCCUUUUUGCCUCUAGGAAAGAGUUGUAGCGCGAGGAUUGAUUUGAUGUUCUUGGUGGAUGGCUCAGGAAGCAUCGAAUCUUAUGGCAGAGGAAACUUCAAACGUUGCUUGAACUUCGUCAAACAAGUUGCCAGCGCGUUUAAAAUUUCCAGAUCAAAAGGACGCAUCUCCGUAACAGUUUUCUCAUCGAGAACGAAAGUAAUUUUCCAUCUAAAUCGUUACAGUAAUGUCAGACAAAUCUACCGAGCAGUUAAUAGAAUCAGGUAAGUGUAAUCUUUUUUUUCAGAAGCAUGUGACAGAAAAAAUAUCUUUUUGUUCUUCACUACUGUGAUUGGAUCCCUUUGCCCUUUGCUCUUACCAUAGUACUUUCUGCGCACUGACCCGCAAACUACAAUGACUGCCAAUGGUGACUAUAAAGCCAAUGGCGGCCACGAAUCUACUGUGAGAUUGCAGGCCUGGAAAUAAUUAUUUUGCUUGCAAGGACAGAUGUCCGAUCAAGACAAAAAAUGGUCGGACUUUGAUCAGUUUUUCUCGGACAAUGGACGAAGGAAAAUUUUUCAUGGUCCUUUAUUAGCAUGAUGAUUGAUGCUGUGAUGCAUUUCGGCCGGUAAUGUUGAUCUGCACUGCAGUGCAUCUAAAACUGUAUUGGGCCAAAAAAAUAUGUGGGUUUUAUAUUUCUUCUUGUAAAAACUUAGGUAGGGUAGGUCGGUUUUAACUUUUUUUUUAAACUUUUUUUUUAUUUUCCUAACGACCAAACGCCAUUUUGUUUAGUCAGUGCUUCCACAGUCAAUGAUAAAUUUCUCUAAUAUUGCCUCAAAUUUCCAUUUUUCACAAACGUUUUCCUGUUAGUGGAAACACUUACAAGCAUGAUCCAAUAAAAAAGUUUAGGGUCGGGAUUUCGGCGUCUAAAAGCUAGGUAGGGUCGGGAAACCGGAAACCCACAUAUUUUUUUUUUGCCUUGGUAUAAAUCUACAAGUUCUACCGCAUUUUCAAUAAAUUAUGGUUCAGGUUAUAAAUAACUUUAAUUUCUACCAUGCUAUAGGAAGACGAUUUAUAUUUGUAAUUAAAUGUUACGGCUUAAUGCAGCCAAGAAAUAAUGGAAGAGUGUCGUUUAUAUUGCUUUGGUUUCAUUGAUGAAAUUGUGUUCAAAAUCAAUUUUUUGAGAUACUAAAACCUAAGUCGGUUCGUCACAUGUCAAUGUCCGAUGACCUGCACUAAUUUGCAGGCUGGGAUUGCUGACAUGUUAAUGCUAGUUUAUACCAUCAAUGUUUGUAUGCAUGAGCAGAGUAUAGGAAUUUUGCAUAGGUAAAUUGUAAGUUUUGAAGGAUGUGCAUGAAAUGUUUGAGGGGAACUGACUCAGUGUUUUCAGAUCACAGAAACUUUGAUAGUAUAAGCCUUUAGAAGAGUUUCUGACAGUUAUUGUUGGGGAAAGGACAUCUAUUGUCUGGAUAGAAAUUUGUCAUCAACGGUCUCGCUUUCGUCUUUAAAUUACUGGUGAAUUAACUAAUGAGGCAUCACCAUUAGAGUCUCAUUAUCAGGGACGCCGGAACGAUAAUAAGGCAAAGGGGGGCGGACGCACACCAAGGGCACCUCUAUAGAGCAAAAGUUCAAAAUCUACCGGAAAAUUUUUUUUCCAUGGAAAUUUUUGGGCGACUUCCCCCCCCCCCCGUCGCCAAAAAAUUUCCGGUCAGUGUACCAUUUUAGGGGUCAAAAAAUUUUUCCGGACAUACCAAAAUUUUCCGUGAAGUCAAAAAUUUUUCCGCAUAUCUUAACUUUUAGCCAUUUCUUCAAAAUAUUUUUCUAAAUUUCAAAAAUUUUCCAAAAUUUUUAUAAAUAUUAACUAUAAAUUACCUGAAUCUCAUCAUUUUCCUACAAAAAGCAUCGUUGGAAAUGUGAUUUAUCACCUAAUAUUUUACAACUAAAAGGGCCCUUCUGCCCCCCCCUGCCCCCCUAGCAAAAGGCAAGGGGGGCAGCCGCCCCCCUCCCUGCCCCCCAGUUCCGGCGUCCCUGCUCAUUAUCUAACGUAUCAAACACACUUAAACUUAUUACAAGAGGUGCGGGAAUCUAUAUCUUUCAAGUUACCCAGGCCAAGACAUUUGUUUGAGAGUUUUAAUUUAAGUACCUACUAAUUCAAUAGGUGAAUAAUUUUGUCAAUAAUCUUUCCUCAUUAUAAACAUCCAGGUGUCAAAAUUGGCUUUAUUGAAUUCAAAAGGAUACUAUAUCCAGCCCUAGUACUAAGAAGCGUUUCAGUAGCAUUCCCUGUUACUUGUUGAGUAUUGUUCUUCUUUGUUAGGUACUGUAUUUUCUUAAACUGGAAGAACUUUUUUGUCUUGCCUAGGUACCCAAGAAGAGGCACCAACACUGCACUUGGCCUAAAGACAAUCCACCAGAAAGUAUUACGUCGAGCACGUCGAGGAGUUGCUAGGGUACUCAUUGUCAUGACUGAUGGUAAAUCACGUACCAGAGUCAAUAGUUACUCUAGAAAAUUACACAGAGCUCGCGUUUCCGUAUACGCUGUUGGCAUUGGAAGACGGUAUAAUAGAAAACAAUUGCAAGUUAUGGCAAGCUCUCCUAAGAGUAGAUAUGUUAUUACUGUUGGUUUCAAGCGAUUGGGAUCAAUCAUCAAUAAAAUCCAAUCAACAGCUUGUAAAAGUUAGUGUCAUUUCAUAUCAUAGACGGUCACCCCCCCCCCCCCCCAAUAAUAUUUUGCUCUAACCGUUGGUAAAAGGUUUGCCUUAUAACCACAAACCGUGGCUAUAAUUGUUAUAGUUGCCGCCAUUGUGGUCAAUUUCUUUCUCGGCUCCAGACAAUCUCGAUUUACAAAACUUUUUUGUAAACGUAAAGUAAAGUAAGUUGUACGACAUUCAAGUUGCAUGGGAUGACAAAAAAUUCCUGCAAGAUGCAUGUAAGAAAAUUUCCUACAAAAUUAUUUUGCUAAAACAUUUCCCGGCAACAGUGCUGUCAAAAUAUUUCUGACGCUGUCGGACAUUUUCUAGCACUGUCAUACACAUGUCAUAUUCUGGAAAAUUUUUAAGUGGAAUGAGUUUGUUGACUGUUUUUUGCUAAUUUUGUUAUUCCUUUUCUGUAUUUCAGAGGCUGGUGGUGCCAUUCGGAAGAAGAAACCAAGUAAGUACAAACAUAUUUGACGUGAAAUUAAAUGGUUUAGUUGUCAAUUCAUACAUGCCCGUUUGCACUUGCGAUUUUCGCUGCGAUUUCUAUAAAGUGCGAUUUUCUUUUUCUGAUGCAUGUCGAUGAGUUACGAUACAUUACAUAUGAGUGUAUGUACCUUCAUCUGAAUCAUGAGUUAUGAUUUUUCUGUACCCAAAUUUGGCAUAACAUCCCCGAUAUACUUAUCGAAAGGAUACAGUCAAUAGCUGUCAAAAUCAUUUAUCCAUCAUUAAUAGAAUCAUACUAGCAUACUGUUGCAAAUGCUGUAUUUUAAUUGGCUACUCUAUUCCUCGAUUUAUAGCGAGCAGCAAAACAAUCAUUUUCCUGGCCCAUUUUUUCCUGGCCCAGACUUGGCGUCAAUUUGGCAUCAAUUUGGCAUCAAUUUAAAGCAUCAUUGAUAAUUGUAUUUUAAUUGACAAUUUUUAAUUAUUAUUUUAUGAUUCUCAACCGGCAGAUGCAUUUAAAAAGGUUGCUAACUCUAUAAACUAGACAAUACAGCUAAAACAAAGUAAUUUUCAGACGAACGCCAAAAAGAUUUUAGGUUUUGAACACUUUUCAUUGCAAAUACGUGACAUUGAAAAAAAUUGCUUCUUAAUCAUGAUCAGGGUUACACGCGUAAAAACGCUCAGGUUGAUGCAAUAUUGAUGAAAACAGGAUUGAACAGUGCUUUGCUGCCCACAUUGUUCACAGUUGUCAACAAUAUUGAACAAUAUUGUUGACAAGUGUGAACAACGUGGGCAGCAAAACAUUGUUCACUCAUGUUAAGCAGCGGGCUCGGCGUUUUUUGCCGUGUACGCAUAGCAAUAUAACUUAUUUCAUUGUGUAAUUUCCUUGUUUCAUUUUUCAGGUACUGCAUGCAAGAGUCCACUUGAGCUUAUCUUUGUUCUGGAUGGCUCGGGCAGUAUCGAAGCUCUUGGACGAGGAAACUUCAAACGUUGUUUAAAUUUCAUCACGCAAGUGGAGAAGUCGUUUGUGAUAUCUCCCUCCAGAACGCGAGUGGCUAUCGUAUUGUUCUCGCAUCGCGCAAAGACCGUGUUCUCGUUAGGCACUUAUAGGAGUAGGGCUUCUGUCGUUAAAGCAACCCGAAGGAUACGUUACCCUAAAGGUGGAACGAAGAUCGGAAGUGCAUUGCGGUUGGUUCAAAAUAGUGUUAUGCGAAAAGCUAGAAAGGCUGUAGCAAAGGUAACUAAACCUUUUCACGGUUUUGCAGUGACAGAUCGAGGUGUAUAUCCUCGCUUAUCUCUGCAGCAAUAAUUUAGUUUAGGUUUAAUAAUACAGGUUAGUAACAGUAGUACUGAACCAAAUGGGAACGAGCCCUAUCAGAGUUCUUGGUAGAACAGUUCAGACAGAACUGAUAGAAUUAUCUAGUAUAAGUAAAGUUGUUGUGGUUUAGCUUUCCUCCUGUUUUAAAAGUGGACCAUAGAUUUAUGGGGGCUUUCUAAAGUAGAGUGGAGUAGAGUAGAGCAGAGUAGGGCAGGAGAGAGUGAAUUGGAGAGUAGUGGAGAGUAUAGAGUAUCGAAUGAAGAAGAAGGAAAUAGAGGGAAGUCGGGGUUGUGGAGUGGUGCGAAGUGGAGCAGAUGGGAGUAGAGAGUAACCUGAGAUCAGGCUCUAUUUUACAAAUAUAUUUAUUUAUCUUUAUUUGUUUAUAGACCUGAUCGCAGGUUAGGAGUAGAGUAGAGGGGAGUGGAGUAGAAUAGAGUGGAGUAGAGGGAUGUGGAGGGGAGUGGUGUGGAGUAGAUGGGAGUAAAGUAGAGUAGAGUGGAGUAGGGGGUGUGGAGUGGUGUGAAGGGGAGGGGUGUGGAGUGGAGUAGAGUAGAUGGGAGUAAAGUAGAUGGGAGUGGGGGAAUGUGGAGUGGAAUAGAGUGGAUGGAAGUAGAGUAGAGGGGUGUUGAGUGGAGUCGAGUAGAAUAGAGGGGAAUAGAGCCAAGGGGAGUAGAGUGGGCUGGAGUGGAGUAGCUUGUAGUAGCAUGAAGUUAGAGUGAAGUGAAGUAAGAAAAUGUAAAGUAAAGUGAUGUAAGCUAAACCAAUGUUGAGUUAAAUUAUGUAAAGUAAAGUAAAGUACCGUGAAGUAAUGUAAUAUACCGUAAAAUAAAAUAAUAAUAAAUGAAUAUGUUUUAGGUUGUGAUUGUGAUGACGGACGGCAUAUCCGCGGACAGCGUGCGAGGUCCUGCUCAAAGACUUAAAGCCAGUGGAGCAGAGGUGUUUGCUGUUGGUCUUGGUUCAAAAUUCAGUUACAAGCAACUUGCGUAUAUGGCAACGGAUAGAAGGCAUAUAAUGAAGCAAAAUUUCAAUGCCUUGUCCAGGGCCCUAAAACCCUUACAAAGAACUGUAUGUAAAGGUAAGAAAUUUUGCAUGACUAAGAGGUGUGCAAUUUUACAGAAAUAUGUUUUUGACUUCUGACGGUUGAAAUGUUAUUAGUUGUUAUGUCGUUCAAAUGAGUGUCACUGAGUAAAUUAUUUAUUUCGCAUGUGUUUCGUGCAUUAAAGUCACCAUGACUUUGCUUCUGCAUAAUUUCUCAUGUAUAGUAUUAUUAAUAGUUUUUUCGUGCAAUUUGGAAAAACAAGCACUCGUGAGUUUGCAGUUCCGUCGGUUCAUUUAAGAAAAGGGUCUUGUAUGUUAUUAAAAUUUAUCAGUAUUUUUUAUAAUUUUAUUUUCUAAUUUAUAAUUUAUAGUUUAGUUGCAUUGUCAGACAUACUACCAGAAAACGGUAUACUGUAGAUAAUAGGCUGAUUUUCUGUGCACAUUCCUGGAAAAAGUUAGCAUCAAAACACAGCUCGGACUUACCAGUAUUCUUAAAAUAAGCUGCCAUGGUUGGUGCAUAUGGACCACUUUCAUAAUACAGUCGGAUUUAAAUCUUCUUUUAUGUGGAUCCAUUAUGUGGAUCUUUUAUGUUGACUGGUGCACAUAUAGUGGUCAAUUGAAAACUUAAUUUGGUUGUUUCACUUUUUUGUAAAUUAAAAGAAAUUUUACCGAUAGAAUUGCUUUCGUCUUCGACUCGAAAAGGCGUUAAGACUGCCAGACUGCCAGAAAAUGGUGUUUGCGAGGUUUCUUAAUCUCAAAAUUUACCUGGGGCUAGAUAUCUCAAAGUUCUCGUACAAUCGUAUUUUUAUUUUUUAUUCUUCUGUGUCGCUUUAAGCAUGUAUUGGGAGUUGGGUUCCUUUAAUUUCACUCAAAUAUUAAUAAUUUAUAACCGAAAUAAACCGAAUUGUAAGGUUUUGAAGUGUUAUUUUUUCUGUUAAGUUAAUUUUGACCAAAUUUGAAAACUACCCACUGACCAAACACUUUGCAAUAGAAUCUCCGUGAAAAAAUGUUGAUAAUCGGAUGAAUAUGGUCACAACUACAUUUUGGUAAAAGUAGUAAAUCCUGCAAUUUUGGUGAAUAUGUAUAUGACGUGCAUAAAUACACAAACCAAAGCAGUAUUGAAUUGUUUGCAUUUUGAGUUAGAUAUUAUUAUUUUUGUAACAGCCGGGAAAUGGUGUUCUAAAACAUUUACCAGUAUGUAUCUUUCCAUGUAUACAAUAUUAUAAUAUUAAAGGUGAUCUACAGUCCGAUCUGCGCAUGUGCACAAAUGAGCCCACUUUUUAUGAUACAAACAGUUUAACUAUGUUUUGAGUUCUUGAAAAGCCUGAUUGUUGUUUCUUGAUCAUUUAUUAUACUCUAGAAGUUCUAGAAGCUUGAAAAUAUAAAUAGUUGUCGAAUAAAGCUCAAUAUUUUGGACACAAAAAUGUAAACAAAGGCUUUGUUUACAUACGGACUGUAGAUCACCUUUAAUGGAAGUAAUUAAUAUCUUUAGCAUGUGGUCUUGUGACAGUUAUAUAAAAAUUCCAUUCGAAAUUGUCAUCAACAAAUUCUUUCAACAUUUCAUACUGGCCUAUUUAUAUAUUUUGCUGUCCUUUUUGCCUUUAGGAGCAAGGAGUUGUAAAGCGAAGAUUGAUCUGAUGUUUUUGGUGGAUGGCUCAGGAAGCAUCGAAUCUUAUGGCAAAGGAAACUUCAAACGUUGCUUGAACUUUGUCAAACAGGUUGCCGGAUCGUUCAGUAUUUCCAGAGCAAAAGGACGUAUCUCUGUAACAGUUUUCUCGUCAAGAACGAAAGUGAUUUUCCAUCUGAAUAGUUACAGUAAUGUCAGACAGAUCUACCGAGCAGUUGAUAGAAUCAGGUAAGUGUAAUCUUUUUUCAGAAGCAUGUGACAGAAAAAUUAUAUUUUUGUUCUUUCCUACCAUGAUUGGUCCAUGUUUCCCUUUGUUCUUGCCAUACUACUUUUGGGUACUGAUCCGCAAAGUACAGUAUGACUGCCAGUGGCGAUUAUGAAACUAUUGGCGGUAUGACCACCACGAAUCAUUGUUUUCUGACAGUUCCUCGUUAUUGGUGGGUAAGAACAGCUAUUGUCAUAGAAAUUUGUCAUCAGCGGCCUUGCUUUCGUCUUGAGAGCUAAUGAAUUUUACAUUGCAACUCCAAGAACAAAUCUACGGCAAUUUUCAAUUAAAUAUCAAGGUCCACUUCUUUAUGACAAUCUAAAUAAUAAUAUAAUAGAUAGUGUAUCAUAUUCGUCAUUUUCCAAAAAAAUGAAAAAGCAUCUCUGCUCGUCUUAUAUUAUAGAUAAUUAAUAAAACCAAUUUUGUUCAUAUAAUUAUCACUGAGAUAAAUUUAAGAUAAGAGGAGGUUUGUUACACAUAAUAAGCCAAUUGGUUUUUCAUUAAACCUCCUCGUCACAUAAAUACCUACUCUUGUAAACUGUUAUUAUUACCCUUUUGUAAAUUAAUACUUCUCUGACCUCUGUAAAUAAUUAUCUGUGAUUGUGUGAUUUGUGUGACAAAAUCUAAUAAAUUCAAAUUCAAUUCAAUUCAAAAUUGCUGGUGAAUUAACUAAUGAAGUUACACCGUUAGAGUCUCAUUAUCUAACGUAUCAAACAUUCUGAAAAUCGUUACAAGAGGUUUGGGAAGCUACUCUAUAUCUUCCAAGUUACACAGGCAUGCAAAGACAUUUGUUUGAUAGUUAAGCAAUUUAAGUGAAGAAUUUGACAGAUUUAGAUAUCUCUCCUCAUUAUAAAUAUCCAGGCUUCAAAAUUGGCAUAUUGGAUUCAAAAGAUACUAUAUCCAACUCUAGUACUAAAAAGCGUUUCAGCAGCAUUCUCUGCUGUCUUCUCUGUUAGAUACUGUAUUCAUUUCUUAAACUGGAAAAAUGUUUUUGUCUUGUCUAGGUACCCAAGAAAAGGCACCAACACUGCACGUGGCCUAAAGACAAUCUACCAGCAAGUAUUACGUCGAGCACGUCGAGGAGUUGCUAGGAUGCUCAUUGUCAUGACUGAUGGUAAAUCACGUACCAGGGUCAAUAGUUACUCUAGAAAAUUACACAGAGCUGGCGUUUCCAUAUACGCUGUUGGCAUUGGAAGGCGGUAUAACAGAAAACAAUUGCGAGUUAUGGCUAGCUCUCCUAAGAACAAACAUGUUAUUACUGUUGGUUUCUCACGAUUGAGAUCAAUUAUCAAUAAAAUGCAAUCAAAAGUUUGUAAAGGUUAGUGUUAUUUCGUAUUCCUGGAGUUGUACAAGGUGUAUCCUUUACCAGCAGACAGACUCUUUUAAGAUAUAUAAGAAAAAAACAUACUCUGAAUAAUUAUGCCAUAUUCUAAACUCAAGAUAUGUGUUGUUGAAAGAAAACAAGACACAAAUUAUGGUGAUGAUAUUUCGACUUUAUUUCAGGGUUAUUGUCAAAUUAAGCUAAUUAUUUACAAACGUUCUCAAACGUUCUCGUUCUUAUUUUCAGCACUGUCACGCACAUGUAUCGUUCUUGAAGAUUUUAUUGAAUUCACUAUGGUGACUAUUAUUUACUAAUUAUGUUAUUCCUUAUCUCUAUUUCAGAGGCUGGUGCCAUUCAGCAGAAGAAAUCAAGUUAGUACAAAUAUAUUUGACGUCAAAUUAAAUGGUUUCAGACUUUGGUUGUAAAUUCGUACAGGCCCGUUUGCACUUGCGAUUUAAUUUUGCUGCGAUUACUGUAUAGUGCGAUUAUCUUCUUCGAAUGCUUGUAGAUGAGUUAUGAUUGUUCUAAGUAUAUGUAUUUUCAUCUGAACAUUUGAUAAUUCAUCCACUCGUUCACAUCCAUCAGCAGAAGAAGAUCACACCAAAUCAAUUUUCGCCGCAAAUCGGUGAUCCCCAAAUUUUAUUUUAGGAAAUGAUUUCUCUUAGUAUAAUCAAUUAUUUUGACAAUUUAAAAAAUUCUGUGUUCACAUGGCUAUAUUUUCCUCAUUUAAGGUUACUUCACACGAUGAACGUGCGUUUUAGUCUAUUGGACAUUGCGCAACGAAUUUUAGAUGUAACUUUACCAAUUUUUCAGUGAAGAAUGUCAGAUAAAUGCUGAUUUCGAAAAUUUUCAUUUGGUGGGUGUUCAGUUUAAACAUUUUCAGUAUUGGCUGACCGAAUAAAUAUAUAGGUACCUUCAUAAAAGAAUCAAAAUAUGUUCAUAGUUUACCUCAACGUUUGUCUAGAUAUCGCAAUUCGAAUCUUCAUAGGCAUGGUAAAAAAAAACGUGUGCGGAAAAUUUCUCUUCUCUAGUGGUUUUUCUGAUAUGCCCUGAUUCUUGGAUUUGUCACUGAUAAUUCACGAAGUUGUCAAAGAAAACGUCAUAUCAGAAAAGCCAUUGAAGAAGAGAAAUUUUCCGCACACGUUUUUUUUACCGUGCCUAUGAAGAUUCAAAUCGAGAUAUGUAGACCUACGUUGAGGUGAACUAUAAACAUAUUUUGAUUUUUUUAUGGGAUACCUAUAUAUUUCUUUAGUCAACUAAUACUGGACAUGUUUAAACAGAACACCCAUCAAAUGAAGAUUUUCGAAAUCAGCAUUUUCUUGGCUUUCUUCACUAAAAAUUUGGUAAAGUUGCACCUAAAAUUCGUUGCGCCAUGUUCAAUAGCAAAACGCACGUUCAUCAUGUGAAGUAACCUUAACAACUAUAGGCAACCAAACUUUGCAAUUUUACUCACUUUAAGAUGUUCUUCCAGCUAUGGUAAUGGACUUUGUUCUUCUUGUCUAAUUCUAUCAAAAUUUCGUCAAUCAUGGGAUUUGAUCUAAAAAGAGAUGCAGAGAACAUUUGGGCCGGGAAAUGGAAUCGUGACUGCCCCAAUUCAAGACUCUUUCCGUAGCCAAAUCUUUUGCUUCCUAGCAACGCUUUUCUUCAUAAUCGUUUAACUACUGCUUUAACUAACCUACCAACAUCUAGCACCCAUUCAAAUGUAACUUCAUUCAAGUUUAUUUCUUUGUUUUCAGGAACGUCGGUCGCCGUCGACCUUGUGAUCAUUCUCGACAUUGCCAGCAGAAUGGGACGGAAAUCAAUGCGUACUCGUUACUUGCGAGCGAACUUCCGUAGAUUGAAAGCAUUUGCUAGAGGUAUCAUUAAAGCAUUUAAGGUCUCGCGAAGAUCCGUCCGUAUCGCGUUCAUCGCAGCUUGGAGUCAAUCGCGUAUUCUCUUCAACUUCAAUACCAGAAACAAAAGGGUAAUGAUGCGAUCUAUCAACCGACUUCGCCAGAAACGUGGCAGACUGAACCUAGCCACCUCGAUAGCACGUGCCAGACGAGUAUUUGCUUCAUCUCGGAAAGACACUCCUAAUGUUCUUUUGGUAAUUACGGCUGGCAAGAACAGAGGCCGUCGUCUUCGUUCUCAAGCCUUGGCUGUCCAAAGAGCUGGUGUUACUAUAAUAACAGUUGGAGUUAUUCCUACCGUUGAUCAAACGGACCUUACCAUCAUAUCCUCGCCUCCCGCUGGAGGAAACCGUGUGGUUGUUAAUUUCAUUGGAUUGAUGAACGUUAUUGCCAUAAUUGUGAAUAAGAUCACUUUGGGUAUGUUCACGUUUUUUUAUAGUUACAGACAUUUACUGUUAUAAGUAAACACUUUCAAACCCCUCUCUCCUGCACUAGUAGUAUUUUCGUAUGGCAUAUCCUGUAACUAUCUUGGCCUUUCUUGGGUGUUUAGAAUCAAACCUUGUAACACCAUACUGUUCCAUGCCAUAUACUCUAUGUAAUGCUCAUUGCUGCACUCUUCCAUAUCGUAUCAUAUCAUAUAUCAAUAUUACACCAUAUGAUAUCACACUGUCCUAUACCAAACCACAUCAGCAUUUGAUACCAUACCAUACCACACCACACCACACCAUACCAUCGGCCAUGCUAUACCAUAUUAGUAUAAUUACGGCAGCGUUUACACUGUACCGUUUUCGUAGCGUUCUCGUAUUGUUCGAGAGAACUAGACUAUUGUCUUGCGUUCCCUUGAGGAUUAAGAACAAUACGAGAACGCUACGAAAACGGUACAGUGUAAACGUUGCCUACAUAGGUCAUUAUUGAAAAUUUUCCACGCUGUUUGGUUGCCAUUGAGGCGAUUAUGACGCGAUAAUCACCUAAGCGAUUUUCAAAAUGGCGGCCGAAGCCGUUUUGUCAAUUAAAUGCCAUACCAUACCAUACCAUACCAUACCAUACCAUACCAUACCAUACCAUACCAUACCAUACCAUACCAUACCAUACCAAACCAUACCAUACCAUACCAUAACAUAACAUAACAUAACAUAACAUAACAUAACAUAACAUAACAUAACACAGUACCAUGGAUGGAUUUACUGGGGGGGGGGGGUUAAGCCCUCCCCUAGAAUCUCUCUCACCCUUCUUAUAAAGUGUUCAACCCCACCAGCUUCACCCCUUCUAUUUUGUGUGAAAGUCUUUAACCCCAAUGCUUAACCCCUGCUGAAGCUUGCUCAGUGGUGCCGCUUGCACCCCACUAGACAUUUUCCACCCCUCCUUUUAAAAUAAUGAAAAUCCGCCUUUGUAACACACCAUGCCGUACCAUAUCAUACUACUUUAUGCCAUACAUACGAAACUGUGCCAUUAUACACCAUGUCACCCAUACCAAACUACAGUAUACCAUACCCGACCAUGCCCAAACCAUACCCGACCAAAUUAUCCAUACCUUACUAGUACUAUGUAAUACCAUAUCUACCGCGCCAGACCUUAAUACUACAUCAUACCAAACCAUGUUAUGCCAUACCAUUAACUUCUCUAAUUUUUGUUUUCAGCUAAACCUGUUAACGCAUUAGUUGGUGUUAAUCCAAAUGCUGGUCAAACUGACCCACCACCUCGACCUGGUACUGGAAUUCCAGUUAUUGCUAUGCCUCAAGGUAAGUCAGGAAUUACCUAGUCCUGCCGGUCAAUACGCUAUUUGAAUAGACAACUUGCAUGUCAGACUAAUUUUUGAUCUAGGCAAAAAAACUAUAUUCCCGCAAAGAACUUAUUAAAAUUAAUAAAAUUGUAAAAUUUGGUUACGAAAUGUUGUAAAAUACGGAAAAUAUAGCUUCGCGAAGUUUGCAUAUUUUGUUAUUAUGUUUGUAUUACGUGCGGAAAUUGUUACCAUUCUUGAGCCGAAAAUGGUAACAAUUUCUGCACGUAAUACAAACAUAUACAGAAUUUGCAAACUUUGCAAGACUAUAUUUUCCAAGCUUUACAACAUUUCGCAACCAAAUUUGCAAUUUUACUAAUUUCAUUAUGCUCUUUUUAGCUGUAGUGUUUGAUCCCCUUCUCUUUACUUAGAUUAAAAUUUCGUCUAACAUGCAAGUUGUCCAUAUAGCGGAAAACCCAGAACAACUCUUUGUUGUGAUAUUAACUUAGCUAUCGAUGUUUAAAUCGAACAAACAGUUUUGACAGUGCUAUUAAUAAUUAGCAUAAAAUGGCCCAUUAAAUACUAUAUCUGGUCAAAGCUUGAUAUAUCGUUUAGUUGUGGUACAACGAACAUGUAUAGCAUAACUGAAAAAGAUUGCCCAUGGCCAUGUCAAGAUUACAAUUCUUUGGCAUUGAAUUGUUAAUCUAAUGAGAAAUAAUUAACUUCAUAGAAAUACCCAAUAAUCACGAGCAAAUGGCAACUGUAUUGAAAUUAGUUUAGCCAUUCUAUGCCCUUUUUUUGACUAACUUUCGAAACGUAGUUCAAACUCAAAAAUUUUAGUACAUCUUGCAUAAUUUUAUAUUAAGUACAGUAAGUACAUGUGACUCAUCAAUAGAGCCAUCAAUUAUAGUCACUAGGCUACACACGCAAAAACGCACAAGUUGCAACAAACCUUGCAGCAGACUUGUAGCAAUUCUGUUCCAACAACUUGUUAACAGGAUGUGUGUUCGCCCUGCUUGUUCCCAGCUUGUUAACAAGUUGUCAACGGCUUGUUGACAACUUGCUACAAGGUUGUUGAGCUCAACAACUUGCUAUCGUCCUGCAGUUCAACAAUUUGUCAACAAGUUGUGAGUGACAACCUUGUAGUAACUUGAUAAAAUAACAGCAUUGUUACAACUUGUUGACAAGCUUGCUGCAAGCUUGUUGCGAACACAUCUUGUUGACAAGUUGUGAGAUUUUUACGUAUCUAGUGUAUUUUUUGUGCUUUAUUGUACAUUUACCAGUAUCUUGAGAUUUCUGCAUGUUCAAGGCAUCUGAUGGAAGUGUAUAUUUUUUACAGGAACCAAAGUUGAUUUAGGAUUCUUAAUUGAUGUGUCAUCCAGAAUGGAUGCAAGAAGCUUUGCUCAAGUGAUUGCCUUCGUCAAGCAGAUUUAUAGAGCUUUUCCCAUUGGUAGAGCUGAUACCCACGUGGGAUUGGUAAUCUGUUCUAAUAGUGCACGUGUUGUGUUCAACUUGAAUACCUAUAUGAAUGUGAGGCAACUGGACAGUGCUUUCAGACGAGUGAGAAAUUCUGCAGGAAACCUCAUGUUACAUCAGGGCUUCAGAGUUGCCCAGACUCAGCUAUUUGGAAGAACCGCACGCAAAGGGAUACCCAAUGUUUUGGUCGUCCUCGCGAACGGUAUCGCAUCAGGAGGUCAGCGUUACAUCUCAGCUGCCGGAAGUGCCAGGAUUUCUGGGAUACUUGUGUUUGCGAUCGGAACUAGCAGAAGUGUGCCUCAGAAGAUGUUGAAUGCCAUGGCUACAACUCCAAGGUUCACCGCGCGUGUACCAAACGCGAAUGGUUUGAGGAGAAAGACUCGAACCGUAAUAACUAGAAUUGGACAAGGUAUUUGCUUCACUUGUGUUCACUUGCAGCUUGGGUACAAAUGAACAAGUUUGUCCCUGACAACUCAUCCAAUCAUGUGUCCUUGGGGAUCGGUCAUUAUUUAUAGCGCGGGGUCGCACCGGACAGAAAUGUUUUUCUUUGUAAUAAUUUUGCUGAUCCAACCAAAAGUCAAACGUUUUUUACCCAACCUCAAAUAUCAAUUAAGAAAUGAAUACCCACCCCUGGCCAAGAACGUUACAAAACGAUACCAUUCGGUUGUUACACAUAUCCUUUCUCACUUCUGUAACAUGAGUUUGAUAACUGCUUGUGCAGUUUUCUGCAGUGUAAAGUUUCAUGUUGUCCACACAUGUAGUUUGUUUGGAGACACCAUUUGUCUCCUGACAAAUCGGAAAGUGCUCAAGAUAGCUGGUAACUCGGAUUGAUUUACAUAUUGUAAUGAUAUAUGACUGUUGAUAUUGGUUUUUAGUCUUCAAUAUUUGAGUGAGUCAUGCUUUGGAAAUGACCAACUUUUAUUACCCAAUCCUUAGUGAUUUUGUUUUUCAAUUUGCCAAACUUUUUUUCAGAUAAAAUUUUGUUUACCCAACCAUUUUCUCUUCGGUGCCACCCCCCGCCAUAAAUACUGACCUGUUCCUUGGGUAUUUUCCUUGACAUUUUCCUUGACUUUUUAUAAUUUCAUUGACAAGUUUUCAGUGUCAAUUUUCUGAAACUUUUUUUCUUUGUUUUUCCUGUCAAUUCUUCCUUGGUAAGUCUUUCCCUUUACAUAUCUUUCUAUAUCAUUUCUACUGUUGCUCACAUCUUUUUCUGAUUUCAUUGACAAGUUUUCAGUGACAAGGUUUUCUUUGUUUUUCCUAACAGGUCUUCUUGGCAAGUCUUUCCUUUUACACAUCUUUCUAUAUAAUUUCUAUUUUUGGGAAGGUUGCUAUUGUAUCAAAGUUUUGACUAACAAUUUUUUGUAAUUUCAGCUCUUGUUGGUUAUUCAAGUGGUGCUGGAAGCGGUAAGUAAUCAUGCAUAUGUAGAAUAGCCCAUUUAUAAUAAUCAUACCAUCAGUUUAAGUCCGCCAUGAGCCUAUAUACGAAGUCGUGUAUCAGCUAUUUGCCCUUGAAUGUGCAUGAAGUUCCAGUGAACUAUGUAGGUCUCGACAAACGAUAAUUUUGAGCGAACCUUGGAUUUGUUGAAAACGUAAAUUUAGAGCUGGUUUACACUAUCAAAGCUUCUGUGGUCACUGUUGGAAUUUUGCAUAGGUAAAUUAAGUUUUGAAAAAUUUGUAAGAAGUGUUUGAGGGAAUCGACUUCGUGUUCGACAUUGAAUCAGUUCCCUCAAACAUUUCUUACAAAUCCUUCAAAACGUAGAGUCUACCUAUGCAAAAUUCCUACUGUGAUCACAGAAACUUUGAUAUUGUAAACCAGCUUUUUCCCAACUGUUACUGACCUGCUUUGCUUUCUGGAGGGGGUGGGGUAUGUGUGGUAGUGUGACGCCCUCCCCCUUCGUGUCGUUAAUUAAGGGUGGUGGCCUCCCAGUAUUUAUGAAACGAACAAUCGACUCACUCUGACAACUGUGCUUUGUUUUAGAGUUGACGCCCCGUCACUUUUGUGACGUCAUAUGAAACCCAAGAGUAGACAUUAUGCAUAAUGACGUCACAAGGCUUGAUGCCCGCGAAGAAUGCUGGUCUUAGUAGUUAUCGUCCGGGAAAUUAAACAAUACAAAAUCGCCACUAUCGAAAUUUUCCCGGGCCCCAAGACCAGCAUUCCUCAUUUACUAAGACCAGCAUUCCUCGCGGGCAUCAAGCCUUGUGACGUCAUUAUGCAUAAGGUCAAUUGAAGAUCUGUUUGAACCAAAAAUAUAUGUUGGAACUAUCCAUGUUUAUCAUGUCGCACCCUCCACACCUAGUCACCCACAUGGCUUGUCACCCGCACCAUUUUGAGACCCUCCCCCCGUUGAUAUCGUUUCAGUUCAACACCAUUGCUCAUCUCGAUUUAUCACCCUGUUUGAAACAAUCCAUAUGAAAUUAUCUUCGACUAAUAUAGAAAAUCUUCCUCAUGUAUUUAUAGUUGCUGCAGACAUUGUGGUCGUAUUGGAUGCUUCAAAAUCUAUGGGUCAAGUUAACUUUAGAAUCGCUCUGCAAAUUGUCAAGAUUAUCUUCACUGCAACUGGUAUUUCUCGCCGUGGCGUGAAAGCUGGCUUUAUUAUUGUCGGCAAAAGAGGCCGAUUUGUUUUCAACUUCAGGCAAUGUAGAAAUGUCGUGUACAUGUCAAGAAGAGUUGGAAAGGUACAAUGAAAUUAGUGGUGCAGGAUCCCAUGCUCCCCCAGAAAAUUUUGAGAAUCAGGUGUCCCAGAUUUGCUAAAAAUGCAUUUGCCAUACAACAUUUGUUACAUAAUUCUAUACAUUGAUACACUGUUAAGAUGGAUGCACUUAUGAUUGCAUUUCUGAGGUCAUACCUAUAAGUACAGAUAACGUUCUUUCCAUUGGUUAGAAUUUUUUCUCUGAAUUUCCCCUUUUAUCUAAAUUAUUAAAAUGUUCUUUUUUGUCUUUCUUUUGGAAAUAUUUUUUGGGAACUCAAAAAUUUUCUGGGACCAAUGUCCCGUGAUUUCCACCCUUGAAAGUGUUUGUGAAACCAUGGUCUUUGGAUUCUUUACAUUUUUGGAUAUGUUCAUCCUGUAAAUCAAUAUUCCUUUUCUUUCUAGGCUGGCUAUCUUGGUGGAGCGAGAACAGCCAAUCUUCCCGAUGGUUUGAACAAAGCGCGAUAUAUGUUCUCAAGAAGCAAACGAAGACACGCCAGCCAAAUAUUGAUCGUGAUCACAGCAUCGAGAUCAGGAAACCUCAGAUCGUAUGGCUCGUCUAUGAAAAUGCGCGGUGUUUCCAUAUUUGCAUUGGGAAUGGGUCGUAGCAAUAGAAAUCAGCUUCAAGCAAUCUGCUCAUCGCGACAAUUCUGUAUGUUCAAUUGGAAUUUCAGAAGACUGAGAAGACGUCAAAUAAUAUCGUUCCUUUCCAAUCUCAAUAACGGUACGGUUCUCAUAACCUGUUCAACUGUUUGCGAAACGAAAUUUUUGUUUGUUUUUAUACUACAUCGAAGGGCCUGUUCCUCUCAGCCCAGCCUCAUCUGAGUGAGACCUGCAUCUCCUUUGUUAAAGGGAUAUUGCAAUAUAAAUUAAGUUUGUCUUUGAAAGAACAUUUAAAAUGAUAUAUAAACUUCCUUUACAAUUAUUCCCUAUCUUGCUUUUCGAAAUAAAUCGACUUAUUUUUUAUCAAAAGCAGCGUGCAGUCCGCCAUCUUGGAAAUGCAUUCGAUAUGCAUACGUCACAAGUAGGGUAAAAAGCGAAAUUUCUAUCUUGCAAACCACAUGUCAUUAUCAAUAUGAAACUCGACUUUCCGAAGUUUUUUUAGUACUCAUUUAACUCGCAACAUUUUAAGAAACGUUUCGAAGAAAUUUAGUCCCACAUGAAGAAGUUUUAACAAGUUUACCCUGCUUGUGACGUCAUCAAAAACUCAGUUGAUUGGGUCAAUUAUAAUACCAAGAUGGCAGACUGCGCGCUGGUUUUGGUCAAAAUAUUUCGAAAACCAAGCAAGGUACGAAAAAGUUGUAAAGGGUCUUCAUACAUAACUUUAUUGUCGAUUUCAGAUAACUUUUCAACACGCUGUCCCCAAGUUCGUUGCGAACUUGCCAAUUACGUUGUCAAGUUCGGAAGUUGGACGUGAACUUCUCAAUUUCCAUUUUAGUAAAUGACAUACUUUUCGCAAGUUCAUUUCAAAGUUCGAACUUUGAUUGUAAACAAAUGUUCAUAGUUGCAGUUGAAAUUACUGUAUAAGGCCAUAUGCACAUAUUACUGCAGUAAAAUAUUGGUCCAGUGGUCUCCCAAGACGAAAAAUGCGUUUUUAAAUAAAUUUAUAAAUGAAAUUUUUACAUUUGUUUACAAUCGAAGUUCGAACUCUGAAUUGAACUUGCGAACUUCGUUGCGAAUUUCCCGCCCAACUUCCGAAUUUGGAAACGUAAUUGGCAAGUUGACAACAAACUUGGGAACCUAUCAAACCGACAAUAAAAAUUCUUCCAAAUAAGACAAAGUUAAUUUUUAUUGCCAUACCCCUUUAGCGCAAAUAAAAUUUUAUUUGUGUUCAUAUGAGAAACUCGCCAGUCCGGCUAGGUGAGAUCUCAUCUUGCGCUAGGUAGGAUCUCAAUCAAAUGGGAUAAAUGUUCCAUAUGAACGCUUUAAUCCCUCCUGCCUUAAAGGGAUACAGCAAUAUAUUUUUUAUUAUUUCAUUUUAAAGGACUUUUAAAAUUAUAUGUUAAUCUCCUUUACCGAUUUUGCGUAACUUUAUUAUUUCUUGAAAUAUUUUGACUUAAAAUAAUUUGCUGUCCGCCAUCUUGGAUUAAUUUUUAUCUCAUUGUCGGUGAUUUUAGUGACGACAUAAGCAAGGUUAGCCAUAUAAAACUACAUCUAAAUGACUAAAUAACAUUAUGUCUUGUUUGAAAAGUCAUCAGACAGUUUUUUAUUUCAAAUAGUUACGAAAGUAUAUGAUUUUGGGUUCAUAAUAACCAAUUGCUCUAUGGAUAAAAUUCUUGCGUGUCCCUGCUUAUGAUGUCACAUGCAUAUCCGCCAAAAUCCAAGAUGGCGGAAAGCUCGCAGAUUUGUGAUUUUUUCUGUUCAAAAAUAUCUCAAGAAAUAAUAAAGUUACGCAAAAUCGUUAAAAGAGAUUAACAUAUAAUUUUAAAAGUUCUUCCAAAUGAAAUAAUAAAGAAGUAUAUUGCUGUAUCCCUUUAACAUACCCAUAACAAAGUGAGGCAUUCCAUUCAACGCUAAAUUUUUAUAAAAUUACCAUCUCAAUAACUUGUUUUCGUCAUGAAGCAAAUUCCAAGAUAGUCGAGUCGUGCCAUUAGUUGUAACUCUGAGUCGGCAUCGGAUCCACACCGGGCAAGCUGUAAAGUUUGUCUGACCACAGUAGGAAUCGAAACCGCGCCCUUUGAGAUACUAGUCCACCAGAAAGUAUCUCAUGAAAUAUCUUUGCGUGAUGCUGGAAUGUUCUUUUGUUGUUUUAAAACAUUUCAUAUUUUUUUGUGUUCCAGUGAUUGGCGUUGGUGGUUCCGGUGCAGCCAGUAAUGGAAUUAACCUGAACGCCAUUUCGACCAUCGGCAAAAACGCUGCAAAAGGUACGUUUCCGGAAAAUUUUAUUAAACUUUACCUCGAAAUUUUAUUAAACUUUACCUUUUACUCGAUUUUGGGUGCGGGAGCUAGGGGUGUUCCCCAAAACAAUUUGAAUCUAGAGACUGUUAAGUUCUGACAAAGAUUUGUUUUACCCGACCACUCACAAAAACUGUUUCAAAACAUGUAACUGGGAAUCAUGGAUAUUCAAUAUAUAACAACCUUAAAUGUGCAUUUGAGGCAGCAAAGAAUAUUAGGUUCUCCCACUCUAAUCUCUUUUGGGGAGCUUCGUUCGCCCCAAUUUUACCCUCUUUUCCAUUACCCCAGCACGUAAGUGAUUUAUGAGGAAAAUAGGAGGGUCUGGAGUCCUCCCCCAGAAAUCGUUUAUAUUUUUGAUGCUCAAUUAAUGAUAGCAUUUCAGCUGGAAUUUUCUGGAGCAUUUAUAAGGGUAACGAGUAAAUGAGAAGACUGUUUUAAUUAAGGCUAUUAUUUUUUUUAGCUUGGUGACUGCACAUUUGUGUUUUAAGAACUGCACAAAUGGGUUUAGAACUGCACAUUUUGUGUAGAACUGCACGUUAAAAUAAACCCUGAUAUGGGCUCUGCUACGCUUAUAUCUUGAAUUUUGGUUUUCUGUUACUAAUUCACGUCAUAUCUUCUUUUUCCUAUAGGAAAACGCCCCAAAAGAGGUAUAGUACCAUUCAUGCGCAAAUAAAUUAUUUACGCUUUUAUUAUUUUAAUUACAUGCACGUUUUACGAGACAAAUACUUUCACAAAUCAAUAAAUCAUGCAGAUACAAGUUUUCUUUUCAACCUACAAAUGUUUGAAAAUUGUUUCAGUGAAAGAAAGCCGUACGACAGGUUAAAUAUUUAAGUUCGGAUCAACAAAGACCAACUCAAUCUUGCUUUUUUUCAUCAGGGAUGUUACUAAACGUUCAAAUCAUCAGCGAAGGCUGCGAUGAUAGAGGUCGCCAUGGCGGCUGUGGACUCGCAUACAUCAGAAUCAAUGGAAGGGAUUACGCACGAAAAAGAAGAGGAUAUAAUAUUGUGGUUCUCAAUUCUAACACCGGUAUGAAAUAAAUAGAGUAUAAUACAAGGGUGCGCGGAAAUAGCAGAUUUAUUUUGAGUAUCAUGUUCAACACGAGAAAUAAAUCUGGUAUUUCCAAGCACCCAUGUAUUUUUCUGUUUAUUAUAUAAACAAAAUUCAGUGAAAAACAAUAAAACGUCCGUAGCAAUGCGUUUUACAACAAAUGAUAUUUUUUUUUAUAACAUUUAGGUUUAUAUAAUAAAUUACAUUAUUAUUUAUUCAAAGUUUCAUGGUUUAUGAUUAGCAAAUAGCCAACUGUGAAAUCGUCAUAUGAACUCAAUAGCUGACCAAAUAUGGCGUUUUCGCAUAAAAUUCAACCGCAUGACGUUUUAACUGUUAUAGUUAUAGAUAAUUAGUCUUAAUUUGUCGAUAUAUAAGAUGCAUUUGCAGUAUCAAAAUAUUUUUUGGUUUAUUUGGUGGUUAAGGUUUCAAAUAUGUUUGGUGGCUGGGUUUGGUUUGCGGGCAAAUGCUUUCUUUUGCAUCAACUUCAGUUGUUUGUUUAACCAUAGCCUAUCGGAGGGAAGAUGGCUGUGAAACUCAUUGGAAUAACAAGAUAACUCAUUUAUGUUAGUCAACGUAUAUUCAUAAAUUCGGUCCUUCACCGUCACGUGUGUAUUGUAUUUUUGCCAAAUCCACCAAUAGCAAUUUCCAAUUUACCCUAUUGUUCGAGUCAUGGAUAGGUAACUUUCCUAAAACAUUGCUAUUGAUUAGUUGGGCAAAAAUAAAAUACAAUACGCACGUGACGGUAAGAUUUAUCAAUAAACGUUGACUAACAUUGAUAAUGAGGUGUAUUGUUAUUCUAAUGAGUUUCACAGCCAUCUUCCCUUUGGGUUUCUAAAAGAAUUUUGCUAUCUUGUUCACUUAUUAAAGCGAUUUAAAGCCGUUUUCCAUUAAGCGGAAUUUUGCACGCGGAGCGGACGUUUUCUUUGUUAUUUCUAAUUAGUUCCACCCGAGAAAUCACAAGAGAAAGAAAAAUUCCGCUCCGCGCGCAAAAUUCCACCUAGUGGAAAACCGGUUUUAGACAAAGGACGUACGUUUGUCCGUCAAUGCUCUUAUUAUUUACCGGAAAAUCGCUACGAUCGCUGCGGCAUAUGACGAAAAUGAACAAUGAAAUCAUCUAAUUAAUAUUAAUUUUCAGGAAAUGUGGAGAGACAAGUAUCUUACGAUACCCAUGCAUCUAGUCGCGCAUCAAAUCGUAUGGCACGCUUCUUGAGAAGGCUUCCUCGCAAGUAAGAUAGCUCUAUCAUGAAGAUUUAAACUAUUCUCUACCGCCAUCGUUAAUGAUCCAGAGUGCGAUAAUUCAGCAUUUUUUGUCUUACCUGACCGGAACGCCAAUCACUAUUGCCGCGUACAAACUCAAUACUCAAUGUGUACCUACUCUUUAAAAUAAAGUACAUAAAGUACAAGUUUCAGAAAAGUAUUCAAACUACGAGUUAGAACAAGAAGCGAAAUUUCAAAAACUAACAAUCGACUCCAACAUUCCUUAGUGCCAUCAGUUUCAUGCCAAGACAUGUCACAUAUAUAUACCAAGUAAAUUACGGUAUUGAAUACCUUGGGCUAGAAAAGGUCAUAUCGUACCGGGAAAAAGUAUGCAGAUGACAAAAGUUCCGCGUGUUUACAUGUACGCGGCUGAAUACGAAGAACUACCAGAAUGUUAAUGAGUGCACGAAUUAUCGCAUCCUGUGGUCCAGUGUCACUAUAGGAGGAACUUUAUUCAUACUAGAUUGCCCUAGGGAGUGUUCAUUAUUUAUACCCGGGGUUGGUACUGAAGAGAAACUAAUCGAAAAGAGAAAAAAACAACCACCCACCCUUUCAAUCAACCAUUUUUUCCCCUACCCAACUAUUGCAUGACUUGGAUUUUUAUUUUACCCAACCCAAUUUCAAAAUUAUACAAGUAUUUUACAUAUAUAUAUAUAUAUACAUAUACAUUACUAUACAAGCUAGGUCACUAUAGUAUAAACAGUACUGUGCAUAUUUGGUGCACUAACUGAAUGUCAAAUAUAAUCAUUUGUACCUUCACAAGUUCAUAUUAUGUCCAAGCCUCCAUGUUUCUGCAGUCCUACCAUAUCUCGUUGUAAUCAGAGGGGAUUGGGAGUUGGAGUUUAGUUUUCUAUGUGGGGAAUGAAUGGAUAUUUCCUGGAAUGACCCAUUUUGUUAAAUAAAGGAUUUUCAUAUUUUGUUCAAUUGAAGGUUUGUAUUGAAAAUAAUUUACCCAUCCAUAGGCUUUGUUCAAAAAAUAUUUACCCAACCCUUCGUACCCCAGAAAAAUGGCUUACCCAACCCAUUUCUCUUCGGUACCAACCCCGGGUAUAAAUAAUGAACACUCCCCUACCUAUACUGGUAAUGUACACCGUGUAGAAUUCUACACGCGUAAAAGCCUCAUAGCUUGUGAAAAAGAUGUGUUCGCACUGCUUGUUGUUUCCAGUUGUUGACAAGUCUGGAACAUGUUGUUAUCAUCUUGUAAGUUUGUAACAAGGUCGAUGAGAUCAAAAGAUUCGCUACAAGUUGUUCGAACAAAUCUCUGAUAUCGUUGGCACGUAACAAAUUGUCAACAAGUUCCUGACAACAAGCUCUUAGCAACUUGUCACGAACAGCAAGGGUAUUGGCCUUGUCGGAAAUGUAGCAAGUCUGUUUUUUUUUUUAAUUUUUUUAUUUUCCCAUGUAUAAAAAUCUACUUAAAAUAUAUUACAAUAAUUUGAAGAUUUUGGGCUAGAGACCUACUAGAAAUCUUCAUAGACUUUUUAUUUUAGGUCUCUAGUUACUGUUCGUUUUAUCACAUAAUCGAUUAUUUACAGUCAAUCAAUACAUAAUAUGUAAAAUCAGAAAGUUUUGAAGUAUAUAUACUACUAAGAGAGAAAAAGAAGUGGGAAUGUUCGUAUUAUAUAAAUUAAUAGUAAUGUUGUAGAUGCAUUUAAUUUUACAAUGUCAAUGACUGGGCUACAAUAGACUAAAGUAUACCGUCAUCAACCUUGUAACAAGGUUAAAACAACUUGUUACAGACUUGUCACAACAGCUGAUAUCGGCUUAACAACAAUCUUGUUACAAUUUGUUUGUAACAAUUUGUGCGUUUUUAUGCGUGUCUAGAUUGUUUGAAAUAGGUGAACUGAUGAGCUUAUAUUUUUCUGCGUUUUAAUUGCAGGAAAUAUGUGCUUAUCGCAAUUCAAGCUGACGGCAAACGCCGUAUGACUUCGCGUGCGAGAGGAGCUUUACGACGCAUUGGAGCACGACGUUACGUGAGAGAUUAUCGUGGCUCUAUCGCAAUGGUUGGUCAAACUGGUGGUAUCAGGAAACAUAUUAGAACU